AUGAGGGCUUUCGGGUAUCUGCUGUUGCUCGCCAGCCUGCUCUUUGCAGCCGUCAGCUCCCAACAGACGUCCGACUUGUCUCGCAGAGAUGAGAGAUUGCAACAGUUCUACAGCCACAUGGCCAAGGACGGCACUUGCCUCAUUUACAUCGAAACAUUUGCUACGAACGACGGCCUGACGCCUUGCGGUAUCUUUUGCAAGGCGAACGGCCAGCCGGAGGACAAGAUCGGAUGUCACUCUGAGCAUGUUUACGACCCCGAAGGAUCGUACCCCAAAGACCCCGACGGAUGGGAGUGGUAUCCGGGCAAGUGUAUCUGCGCUGACCAGAUCGACCCGAUCGCCGAGGCCAUCGCCAUCCCCAUCAUCGAGGCUCUGGCGAAGCUUGACGAGAUAAUAUGCGGCGUCUUCGUGCAGGCGAUUGUCGAGAGCAUCAACAUCGGCUUCGCCCUCGUCCCCGGCGCCGGCCAGGCCGCGGCCUCGGCGCGGGCGGCGACGAAGGCGGCCGUCGAGGGCGCCAAGUCGUUCGCGGAGAACUCGAUGAACCCGACCGACUUCUUCGACGGCUGGGUCAAGAAGAGCUGCGGCAUGGACAAGAUCGAGCUCGACUACGACAACACCUUCGACUCGCUGGUCAACGCGCCCGACUCGGUCGGGACCAGCAAGGGCUGCAAGAGGAAGAACAAGGGCGACUGCAGGACGCUCGACGCCAAGCCGGACCCGCCGACGACGACCAAGAAGGACGACGCCCCGAAGACUACGAAGAAGGAAGAGGCCCCAGAGACCACGAAGAAAGACGACGGUCCCAAGACUACAAAGAAGGACGAUGUCCGGACCACGACGAAGACGGACGCCGGCCCGACCACGACCGCCACGAGAUCCAGCACCAACAGCGCGAAUCCCAGCGGGACCCCGGUCACCUGCCAGUCGUGCCGCUCGUCGAAGGCGAAGAAGGCGGCGCGGGACAAUAGAUGGGGCUCCAUGUUCGUGCCGCGCGCGCCCGGCGACUCUUGUCUCUUGGACAGCUCCAAAAGCGACGAUGGCUGCACCGCGUCCGGCCUCCUGGCCCGCGCGGACGUGCCCCUGCAGGAGGCCAACCCGAAUCUCAUUGUCAACGGGGGGGAUUUCCAUAUCAAGUGCGGAAAGCACAAGCCUUGUGCGAGCGCGAAGAAUGACAGGUUGAUUGAUAAGUACUACUACCUCGAGGGCGACGCCAAGUGCGGCGGAGAUCUGAAGUUUGGGAAGGCGGAACAAGUCGGCGAUGCGCGAUUCCAAAACGACCACGUGUACGAGAAGCAGACGCUGGCCCUGUUCUUGGAGUGGCUCGGGGACGGGGACAUGACUCCCAUUGGCGGGUACACGAAGCCGCAAGCUUCCUGGGUCGCGGACGUUAUCCUGGAUGAUGAGAGCCCCCGGAACUUCAAAAUGAAACCGUCCAACAUACCCCUCGGGAUCCCCACGGAGGGCGCGCCGCUUGACAAUGUCCUGGGCUACGGCGUCGCACGCUCUGAUCCCCUGGAUAACCGAAAAGGGGCCGAGGGGGGGAUGAGGAUUGAGAGGACGGCCACGAACUUUGCUCUCGUCGCCGAAAAAGUUAACCUUUACAAGGGGGCCUUUUUCAGACAAAGCAGGCCGCUUGCCCUCGAAGAUACCCACCCGAGCAUGGCAAAUAAGAACAGGAACUGGAUCAGAAACCACGCCGCCGUUUUCCAUUACCUCAGAUACACCCACCCACCGGCCAGCGACAAGGAGAACGUCUGGGACAAGUGGAUGCGCGUCUCCAACUGGGUGGACCUGGUCCUGUCCGAAUUCGACCAGUCCUACGUAUGGGGGGACCAUCCCGAUGAGCCCCGUAACGCCGCCGGCGGCCCGGCGUGGCUGCGGUCCUUCUACGCCCACUGGAUCGACAUGUACCUGGCCGGCAUCGAGAAGAACGCGCAGGACUGGGCCGCAGAAGCCGAACUGGAGUUCAAGCUCAAGUACGGCAACGACAAUGAGGCUGCCGCGACGCAGUGGAUGACCAAGGCCUUCGGCAAAAACGGCUUCGCGACCCGGGCGAAGAUGAAGUUCCCCCGGCCCCGCUCGGGCCCGUCGGUGUACGGGGCUUACGGGAACCCCACCAUGACCUUUGACAGGAACGGCGCAGCCGUGAUCCUCGGCCCCCCCGCGCCGCUGUGA